UUGACUUAUCUCUGGGGAACCAGUUUUGAACAGGCACCGCCGCACCGCACACACGUUGAUAGUUUUUACGUGCGUUUUCUUUACAAGAGAUAUUUAUUACUUUAAUAAAUAUCCAAACAAACAAAUUACAAUUACUAUUUCCGGGUCUAAUUGAAGACGUAUUUAGUGUACAAGUGUUAAUAAGUACCAUUACAAUGAACAGCUUAAGAGGUAUUCUUAAAUUGAACAAUGUGAACACGGCUGCCAAAAAUACUUUGAUCCGUAGCCUAUCGUGUUCACCGAAGUUACAAUGCGACGCGGCGACGGCGCCACGUUAUCCCCUCACCAUGUUAUCGGAAGACGAAGUCAUGAUGAAGGAAACAGUUGCAAGAUUGGCAAAAGAGCAAAUUCUGCCAUUGGUGAGAGAAAUGGAGGCAGAACACAGGAUCAAGGACUCUGUCGUUGAUAUGCUCUUCGAAAAUGGCUUGAUGGGAGUUGAAAUCCCAAUUGAAUAUGGUGGCUCUGGAUGUGGCUUCAUGACCACAAUCCAAGUAGUAGAGGAAAUCUCGAAGGUAGAUCCAGCCGUAGGUAUCCUAGUAGAUCUACAAAACACCCUCAUUGGUAAUGUUAUCAUCAAACUGGGUACUGAGGAACAGAAAAAGAAAUAUCUGACUAUGUUGGCAAAGGAUACAGUGAGUAGUUUUGCACUUACUGAGCCAAGCAGUGGUACAGAUGCCUUUUCGUUGAAAACAACCGCCAAGAAAGACGGUGAUCAUUAUGUUAUCAACGGCAGUAAGAUGUGGAUCUCCAACUCGGAUAUCGCUGGAGUUUUCUUGGUCAUGGCGAAUGCCAAACCGGAAGCUGGUUAUAAAGGUAUAACUUGUUUCAUUGUUGAGCGUGACACGCCAGGAUUCACCGUAAACAAACCAGAAAAUAAAUUGGGUAUCUGUGCUAGUGGUACCUGCAUGUUGACGUUUGAAAAUGUACGCGUGCAUGAAAGCGCCAUUUUGGGUGAAUUCGGCCAUGGAUAUAAAUAUGCUGCUGGUUUUUGAAUGAAGGUACGUAUUGGUAUUGCUGCGCAGAUGAUUGGUUGUGCUCAGGGAGCAUUUGAUGCCACACUUCCUUACACGAUGGAAAGACAACAGUUUGGUCAGCCAAUUUAUAAAUUCCAGGGUAUGCAACACCAAAUCGCCGAAGUCCACACAAAAAUCGAAGCUGCACGCCUCCUCACAUACAACGCAGCCCGCCUAGUAGAACAAGGCAAACCCUUCGCAAAGGAAGCAGCAAUGGCAAAGUACUACGCCGCAGAUGUCGCGCAAUUCGCCACAAUCAAAUGCAUCGACUGGAUGGGCGGUGUAGGCUUCACCAAAGACUUCCCACAAGAGAAAUUCUUCCGUGAUGCUAAAAUCGGCAGCAUCUACGAAGGUACACACAAUGUCCAACUCACCACUAUCGCUAAAUUCCUCGAAAAAGAAUACGCACAGUAAUAGACGCCAUAUUGGAUAAAACCUAACAUUUUAACAUGUUAUGGUUCCAACAAAACAUACAAUAUGCAAUUUUUAUACUCCGCAAUAUUUUGUUACAACAUUAUUAUAUUCUAUUGAAUAGAAUUCUAAUUAUAAUUCAUUUACAAACAGUUUAAACUAA